GAUUGGUCCUAAACCCGUAUCCGGUGGGGCAGAGGUUCAAGGAUUUAGAAAAGUCGAAGGGAGAAAUUUGGUACGCUUGUGGAAAUAACAUCCAAAACCGAGUCAGUGACGAAGGGCUCGGUAAGAAUUCGCGGGUUCUUCUGGUAAACGUUACUGCUCCAAUCAACGGUUUGAAAUUCAAAGGUCAGAGUUUGUUUACCAGGUCGUAGCGGAGCAGGAGCACAUCGUGAUGGCGUCGAGCAGUACGAGCAGUGAGGAGGAGAGGAGUCUGAGGGAGUGUGAGCUCUACGUGCAGAAACACAACAUCCAGCAGCUGCUGAAGGACUGCAUCGUCCAGCUGUGUACCUCCAGGCCUGACAGACCCAUGGCAUUCCUCAGAGAGUACUUUGAGAGGCUGGAGAAGGAAGAGGCCAAGCAGAUCCUAAACCAGCAGAAGGCCAGCAGCCGUUCUGACUCCAGGGAUGAGGAGGUGUCUCCUCCCAUGAACCCCGUUGUCAAGGGUCGCCGGAGGAGAGGAGCCAUCAGCGCUGAGGUCUACACAGAGGAGGACGCUGCAUCCUAUGUCAGAAAGGUCAUUCCUAAAGACUACAAAACAAUGGCUGCCCUGGCUAAAGCUAUCGAAAAGAAUGUGCUAUUCUCUCACUUGGAUGACAACGAGAGGAGUGACAUAUUUGAUGCCAUGUUUUCAGUUACCUACAUCGCUGGAGAGACUAUCAUUAUGCAAGGUGAUGAGGGAGAUAAUUUCUACGUCAUCGACCAAGGAGAGACGGAUGUCUAUGUCAACAAUGAGUGGGUGACCAAUAUCGGGGAGGGUGGCAGCUUUGGAGAGUUGGCCUUGAUCUACGGGACCCCCAGGGCUGCCACCGUCCGAGCCAAGAGCAACGUCAAACUGUGGGGCAUCGACAGAGACAGCUACAGGAGGAUACUCAUGGGCAGCACUUUGAGGAAGAGGAAGAUGUACGAGGAGUUCCUCAGCAAAGUCUCCAUCUUAGAGUCUCUGGACAAAUGGGAGCGUCUGACGGUGGCUGACUCUCUGGAGCCGGUGCAGUUUGAUGAUGGACAGAAGAUUGUGGUGCAGGGAGAGCCUGGCGACGAGUUCUUCAUCAUACUGGAGGGUUCUGCAGCAGUAUUGCAGCGUCGCUCUGAGAAUGAGGAGUUUGUGGAAGUUGGGAGGUUACAACCGUCUGACUAUUUUGGUGAGAUUGCCCUGCUGAUGAACCGUCCCCGUGCUGCCACUGUGGUUGCCCGCGGUCCUCUGAAGUGUGUGAAGCUGGACCGACCGCGGUUCGAGCGUGUCCUGGGACCCUGCUCGGACAUUCUCAAACGCAACAUCCAACAGUACAACAGCUUCGUGUCACUGUCUGUCUGAGGGGUUUCCCCACCCCCUGUACCCCCUAAUCCCCUUUGUAACCCCAGAACACCCCCUGUACCCCCUAAUCCCCUUUGUAACCCCAGAACACACCCUGCACCCCUAAUCCUCUUUGUAACCCCAUUACACCCCCUGUACCCCUAAUCCCCUUUGUAACCCCAUUA